AUGUAUCAAUAGAUAAAAAUUUUUUGUUGUUGAUCUUUUUAACCUUUUCUGACUCUGGAAAAAAGGUGGUCUUUCAAUUACAAUUUUUCUUAUUUCAAUAAGCAACUAAUUUCUCAAUAUAUUGUGCAUUAGCACUUUUUUAUCAAAAUGCAAGGGCUAUAGUUAUGGCUAGUUCUGUAUCUCAGGCUUGGGAAAAUACCGAACUGGUUAUCAGAAUGGCCUGUGCCUAAAAAUUGUAAAUGCACAAUAUAAUUUUUUGACCAAUUUUUAAAUUUAUUAUUUUAAAAAGUCAGGUUAAAUAUAUUCAUUUAUAAAAAUUUAUAAAAAGCUAAUGUCUGGUGACCUCAAUAUUGCAGAAAAAGAAAACAUCGAUAUUCAAGGUUUUUUAUCGCAAUCAUUAUUUUCAAACAAAGUAAAAGAGUACCUUUACGGAUUUUUUGGACAGCUUUUUAAAACUAAAUACAGUGAUAAAAUAAAAUUUACUCCCCCCCCCUCCGUGAGUGAACAAAAAAAUUUUGUUCACUCACGGAGGCGGAUUAAUUUUUUAAAAAUUUUUUUUUUUCGAAAUUUAAAAAAAUCCUAAUUCGCAAAAUUUUGAAAGCAAAUAGUAAUUUAAUUUAUAAAAUUUAUGUUUUAAAAAGCAAUUCGUUUAGAAUUAAACAGAAUUAGCUCUAGAUUUCAUUAUACUAAUUAUCAUUUAUAUAUAAUUUUUUUUUCCUUAAAAAAUUUUUCUAUUAAAAAAAUUUUUGUUCAGUCACGGAAGGUGGGUUUUUGGGCAAAAAAUAGGGAUUUUUCUAAUGGUUUUGUUCACUCACGGAGGGGGGGGAGAGUUAGAAUGCAAAUUUUUUAUGAAGUGGUAUUCUACUAGUUUUUAGAUUUUAAAGUGUUUCCUUUCUCCAGCAGGGUGAUUUCUUUGAAAUCCCAGAUAGUUUUUAGAUUUUAAAGUGCUUCCUUUCUUCAGCAGGGUGAUUUAAGUAUAGUCCUUUUAAAUCCCAAGUGAUGGCAUUAGCAUCCAUAUUUCCAGAAGACUUGUGACCUUUAAAGAACCUAUAUUAGCCUCUGCUCUGCCUAAAUCGCCUCUUAUAAUAAUAAAUCACAGGAGGAAUGGUUUCUAAAUUUCGUGUGUAGACAUUUUAUUAUGUGAUGUGGUAAUCAAUAUAAUUAUUGUUCUCCAAUUAUCACCCUUAUGGUGAUCUCCAGCUAUGAAGGCUGCUGGAUGAAGCUCUUAUAUAGAUUUCUGACAGAUCAUUGCGUAUGCUAGCUACGACGAAAUAUGUGCCUAUUUUGAUAUCAUGGAUUUUUGUUUAUAUGGAACUAUAUUUUUGAUAUGCUCAUGCUUGUCCUCUUUUGCAGCCUUUUGACUUUAUAUUUAUAUGAGAAAAGACGUCCCAUUAAUUAUUUCUAUUUUACCCAGAAAAUUUGCAAUGCUUUUAACGACAGUUUGUAUAAUCCCCAGCUCAAUGAUGUUUGUUAUGGUUAUAAAAUAUUCUACAGUUGACAUUAGUAUUAUUCAAGAAUAUACUGGAGGAAUCUCUUCCAGCGUGUAUCAAUAUGGGCCUUUAGGCGUUUUUCUUGGUCUUUUUCAUAUUUUUGCAUUACUUUUUGUUAAUUGUUUUGCUGAAGCUUUUACGUGUGAUAUACGGCACACCCAUUCAAAAAAAAAUUUAAAAGCAAGGUCGUGUGCCUGAUUUGACCUAGAAAGAAGAGUAUAUUAUGUUUCCAUGACUAUUCUAUACGUCAUUUUUGGGAAUUCAGACUACUCUUUUGCUUUCCAAAUUGCUGUGUUUUUUUUAUCAUUUAUCUUAUAUUUACGUAUCAUUUAUUCUAUGCAAUAUUUCAAUACCAUUGAAAACUCUAUUCAAGCUUGCAAAAUGGUUACAGUUUCGUCUUCAAUUUUAUUUUUUAUUUUUGCCAUAAUUGUGGACAACGCAGAAAUUUUGAUGUUUUUGACAGUAAUUUUAACUCCCGUUUUGCUUUAUUUUACUAUAAAUCUCACCCUUUAAAUUAGAACAAAAAUCAUUUUUCAGUUUCAAGGGGGUUUAUUAUUAAUUUUAAAAAAAUUUAUAUUAUAUUUUUUUCUAUAAAAAUAUUUUUAAAAUUUAAAAAUUAAAAAAUAUAUGAAUUGAACAGAAUAUUUCAAUUUUUAAUUUAUUUUAUGAAGAAUUAAUUGAUUCAGUGUGAAAGCUGUUUAAGCAAUAUUCAGAUUUACAAUUAAAUAAGUUCAAAAAUAAUUUUUUAUAAAAAUUAUUAAAGGGGGGAGGCUAAAGUAUCCAAAAAAAAAUUUUAUUCCAAUUUAAUUUAUAUGGGAGUAAGAAUAAUUAGAAGAAGAUAUAAAAAUUUACCAAAUUUACACAAGAAUCCUAAAAAUCAGUACGAAUUUGAAAAAACCUUUAGGCAUUUACUAGCAGAAGGGAACCCUGAUGACAAAUUAGAAGUUUUAAGCCUAUUUUUAGGAUAUUGAAGAGAAAGCCAUUUUAUUAAAGACAAGCUUUUUGUGACAUGGGAAUUUAAUUUUUGUCUUUAUACAUUAAAAGAUGAGAGAUUGGCAAGAGUAAAGCUCUCAAAAAUUGCAAAUGCAAAAUCUUCAUUUGAAGGAGAUGUGCAAGAAUGAUUAGAUCAAGCUAUGUCGAAGCGGACUAUUGGGGAUUAUUUCAGCCCCUGCCUCUACUGCCGGCUUCAGACUUAGGUGGCCCUAAGAGUCGGCUCAACACGUCACUCCCUUUUUGUCGGCGUCACCAAAAAAUGGUGAAGUCAGAAAUCUCUCAGGGAUCAUAAUUGAUCUAGCUCUUCGCAUUGGACUCCCUUAACUUCUGGUAGUGCUCAAAGUAAAGGAGAAGCGUGCAUGCCUACUUUUGAACUACCUUGCCCUUAUUCAGGUGCAUAAUUGCUUCUUAGAAUCUCCAAUCGAUUUAUGCCUUCGGUUUGUUGUCUGUUAGCUGAAGAAAAAGUCCCUCGUGGUGUCCCAAAAAGGAAAAAAUCUGACUUCCUAAAAAUAUGGAUCACUUACUUGGGGAUCAAAUCGUCAGCCACACUGGAUUUUUUCUCCAGUCACCAUCUUUUAAAAUGUUUGACAAGAAUGAUUAGAUUAAACUAGACUAGAUUAAAGUUAGAAUAGGUCUUUGGGUUUAUUUCAGCCCCUCUCCGCCUUGACCAACUUCAAGUUCCCACUUUAAGCAUCAGUUUGCGCUUAAGCCUUUUCUGAACACGUCACCAAAAAUUGAUGACGUCAGCAUCUCCCGGGAGAUGACCCAGAUAUUUCCUUGGACAAAUUCCUAGCAGUCGGAACUAGUUACUUGGAGAAGGGAGGCAGAAUGCGACCCCCAAAUCCUCCUUCAGGUCUCCAUUACUCUCCGUAUCAAGAAGUGUUGUGCGGACUCUCGCCUACUUGUGUCUGAGACGAGAUAAAAAGCCUGUGGUGGUGUCCCAGCCAGGGAUAAAAAAAACUAUCCCAAACACAAUUUCCAGGCCCUGUCCCUCUUAAACCCACAAAAUUCUGAGGAUGCAGGAGAAGAACAAUUCGUAUAAGUCACAAUUAUUUGUGUGUAUACAAGGAUGAAGAUUAUUUAAUUGGCUUGUGAGGAAAAAACACGCACUAUUUGCUGAUACAGAUUAUCUGGAAUAUUUAAAAAAUUUUAGCAGAAUCAAAAAUCAAGAUGAAGAGCUUUGCUUUAUUUUGGCUGAACUGCAAGGUGAAUUUUCAUUAAGACUGCCAAGGAUAGAGAAAUUAGUAAACUUAACGAAAAGGGCAGCGCAGCAUAUAUUUUAUAUAUCAGAUGGAUACAAAAACUUAUUAGAAAAGCAUCAAAAUCCUGAAGCCUUUGAUAUUUAUUCAAGCUAUCUUGAUGACAUGCUCAAUAGUUCCAGUAAAAAUAACCUAAAUUCCUAUGAAAUAAUUUAUUUUUAAAAAAAAAAAUUAUCCUCUCAAUGAUAAUGAAGAAGCAAAUUUUAUUUUAAGAAAGAAAAACAGCAUAAAUUUUUCUAACCGUCAUGAUGCAAAUAACUUAAAAAAUUAUGGAAAAGACCUAGCAACAAUUCUUGUAUCAUGCUCUGACGAUUUUUUUGGGAGAAUUGUACAUAUAAAUGAUAAAGCUUCCCAAUUUUUAAAAACAUCAAUAGGAAAUAUCCUGGGCUCGUCAAUAAUUAAUUUUAUUCCUCAACCUUUUGAUGCAAAGCAUGAAAAUAAUAUGAAAAGGUUUAUUGCGGAAUGUCAAUCAAUAGAUAUACCUUGCCAUGAAAAAUUAUUCUUACAGAACUUUGGAGGGUUUUUAUUUGAAUGCAAUAUGCUAAUCACAUUGACUGCAUUCCAUAACUGCUCUUAUUUUUUAGUUUCUUUUAAGCCUAGACCAGUUAUAAGAGAAUUAGCAAUAACUACUCAUGAAGGAACUAUAAUAGCUCACACUGAAAUGUUUUCAUUUUAUUUAGAAUAUCAAGGCAGGCACUUAAAAAACAAAAACAUUUCUGAUAUUAUUCCGAUGCUUUCAAUAGAAAAAAUGCAUGAUUUUGAACCUUGGCUGAUCCCAUUCAGAAAUACAGAGCUAAUUCUUGUCAAAAUUAAAAAGCAAAUGCUGUCCACAACUCUUACCCGCGAAAAAAUAUUUUUUAAUAGAAAAAUAUUUUAUGGAAAAAAAUUUUGAUAUAUAAGUGAUAAUUAGAAUAAUGAAAUUUCGAGCAAAUUCUGUGUUUAAUUUUAAACAAAUUGCGUUUAAAAUAUAAAUUUUUACAAUUAAAUUAAUAUUUGCUUUCCAAGUUUUUCAAAGUGGAAUUUGUUUAUACUACCAAAAAAAUUUUGUUUUUAAAAUUUAUAUAUAAAUUUUUAUAAAAAAAAAAUAAUCCCCACCGCGAGCGAACAAGAAUUUUUUGUUGGGUAGUUAGUAUAGUGAUGAUAAUUCACGAUGAAAAAGAAAUCUUUAAAUGAAAAAAUGGACAGCAUCACGAAGCAAUUGCACAAUUCGGGACUUUUCAGAUGUUCGAAGAUGAAGAAUCUAGCUUUCUUACUGUAGAUAAUUUGAAAAAAUCAGAAAUGAAAUUCCAUACAUUAAGCACCCUUUCUGCAAUAGCAAAAUCUUUUGAUAAAAAUGAAACUGAAUCUGUUGGGAUGCUGAAUGUAAAUUCUCAGGAAAAAAUAGAGGAAGAGAGCGUACAAUAUGAAAAAAAAUCAGAAAAUUCUGACAACUUUUCAAAAGUCUCUGUAACAAAAAAAAAUAAAAAUAUCUUGGCAAGCACUGCACAACAGCUAAUUUCUGACUCAGUUAAAAAAAUUAGAAUUUUGCAAUGGGUAUUAUUUUUAAUUGUAAGAAAUAUUUAG